GGGGAGGUGCGCAGGCGCAAAACGUUCCGUGUCGCGACCCCAGAGAGUCGCGUGUGUUGUGAUAUGCAGUGAGUGUGCUGAUGAACAUGAGGCUUUCACUGCACAUUGCGGUGGUGCUGCUGUCGGUGUACCACACCUGUGCGGAGAGGCAGCCGCGCGCGAUCCCCAAUCCUAGUCAGAACUAUGCGGUGCUUGGAGAGCCUAUAGCCGCCAACCUAGAUGAGGAUGGCUACUUCUAUCCGAAACCGAAGAUACCGUUCCCACCACCGCCAACGCCGUCACCGACUGCACCACCACCACCACCGCCUACA